AUGUACGGUGCCACUCGCCCGCGGCCCAAGAAAACGAACAUUGUUCGGAGCCGUGGAGGAUGUGGCCCAUGUCGCAAUAUGCGGAGGAAGGUAGGUUGCGACGAGAGCAAACCCGACUGCAUGCGCUGCGAAAGAAGCGGGAAGGCAUGCUGGUACGGGAGCCCAGAUCUUCGAUGGUUGGAUGCUACAUCAUGGGCGGCGGUUAAGUCGAAGCGGGCUCGUGGGGAGGAUGUCAAGGUCCAUCCUGUCCAGAUUGCCGAACCAACGUGCUCGCCAGACCCUCCACAGACCGAUUCUCAGACGACUCGAGGGCGAGAUGGUUCCCUACCCCAGGGCAGCGAAUCCUCCGCCUUAGGGAUUUCAUCCACAGAUGGUACUAACAACUGUCACCAACUAGCCGUCUCUGAGAAGAGUUUUCUCGAACUCGUCGCAUCAGAGAACUUCACGGCGGAUUUGACAUCUGGGUCUCUCGAAGAUUCAACGCUAUAUACACCAGGGACCUAUGGCCUCAUUUGGGGAGAUGAAGGAAGUGCGAGCCUAAAAUACCGGCGUACAAUGGACCUCAACGAGGAUCCGAGCAAUGCAUCAAGAUCCGAUUUAUUAGACGAUUCAGUGCUUCUUACGCACUACGCCUCACAUGAGCUUCCGGAGCUGAGCCGGCUCGUAUCCGUACUCAAGCCCCCAUCAUCGUGCCAGCAUGCUGCAGGUCCGCAGCAAUGGCUAGCAACUAAAACUUCACCCAUCACAGAACACGACUACUUCCCACUCUCCCUGGGACUACAGGAUACCUCUCUCUCAGCCACAAGCCGCAAAUAUCUCACCCAUUUUGCAACUCAUGUUACAGGACUACUACCACGGAGCAUGGAGCCAGUGCGUGGGUUCUUGGUCGGAUCCGACAUUGCACUCUGUGCUGCCAUUGCCGUUGGCGCCGCUCAUAUGGCUAACUUGCACGGGAAAUACACCACCCGUUUUCGAACUGGGGGGACGCACCUUUGGGUCCCUGAUGUCGGCCAUAGGGUUACGGCAUUCCGCUAUGUCGGCAACGCCCUGUCACUGGCUGCGAAACGACAUUCACCCGACGUGGCCGUUCUCGUCUUGGCCCAGAUCUUACUGUCAUUUGUCGAGCUGGAACUCGGAACGUUUGAUGGCCUGCGUCGCUACCUACACAGCAUAGAUGACUUGGUCUACGAGAAUCAGCACGACCUCCUGACCUGUCCCAACGGCUCUUCGCUUUUGGGAGUUGUGUCGGACUGCAGAUCCUUUCACCGGUUCAUGUGUGGGCCGUGGACUACCCAGCCGCCAUUGUCUAAAGUUGACCGUUUCUGGGCCAGACUUGAGAGUCGCAGCGUUUCUGAAGAAGCUCUACUUCAAAAGAUUGGCUCAGACGCAUUACUUAUGCUGAAUCGACUGUCUCUUUUUGAAAGCUUGCGACACAGCUUGGUCCGUCCACAUCAUAUCAGAGAUCGGCUAAUCGAUAUAAUAUCACCGUGGCUCAUACCGGAACAUAAAUCGAACGCGUGGUCCGAGUCGGAAAUCGUUCACGGCCACCAUAUGGCGUGCGUAGGGAUGGAGCUAUUGUCGAAGCAAGCCGGUCGCUGCAGAACUCCAAGAGAGAUUCUUUGUUCCGGUGGGUGCGAAUAUUUCGAUAUUUCGUCUCAGGCCGACGACCCUGCCGACACUCCCGACCGCCUCAAUUCCAAGACUGGGCCUCUUCGAUUUGAAAGCCACGAAAGUGCCAUGAGAGUUGCGGAUUACGCUUUCUCUCAGAUGAUCUGCGACGAAGAGAUAGUCAGGAAGAUCGUAUCUCCACGCGGCUCACCUACAUGCUUCAAGGCGCGUCGAUGGUUGGAGGUCUUGAUGCGAAUCUCGAAAGGCUUGGAUAUGAGUACGUGUCUCCAGAGAAAUACGUACCGCAGGGGAAUACUGUCUAUGCUGUUCCAAGGCGCAGUCCUGACCGGGAAUGCCAAAGCCCUCGACCUCAUCCAAAAGUACUACAAGGAUGCCAACAUUUCGGACAGGGCUUGGGAAGAUCCGACAUUUCCAACUCGACAAACUGCGCCUGUGAUUGAACUUGUCAAGGACCAGCUGAAACAAAACCGAAAAAUACUGCUGGCAUCCUGGCUGGAGCAGGCCUGUGAUACCAAGGCCACGAUCAAAUCGACGCAGCCGAUGCCAAUAUCACUUGUUUUGUAUGGUAUGGAAGCCAGUGGUCAGCCCUUUGGUGAGUGUGUUCUCCUAGACAAUUUACCUCCCUGA